UUCACAUCAUCUUUGGUCUUAACCUCUCAAUCACACAUCAGCAUUUACCACGUCUUUACUAUCUUACAUUCCUAUCAUGGGUUCGAGCUCUUCCAAGUCCAACCAGGGUGCUGGCUCCGGCGCGAGUCGCCUUGCGCCAGUGCAACAAGGUCAAUCUGGCAGCCCACCGGACUCGUCUCACACUGCAAGAACUCCGAUGAGGCCCGACAUCAGGAGGCAAAUCUUGGAGACCAUACAGGCAUCUCUCCACGACGUGCCGUACGCAAUCAUCGGCGGGACUGCCUUGGCCGAGCACGGCGGCGCGAGCGACGCAUCCGAAGUGGACGUGCUCCUCGGGAAGGGCGUAUCCAAAGCGUCGACCGAGAGCCUGUUGAUGAAGCGCAGCUCUGGUCGCAUGGUGCGACGUGACCACGGAAGAUUCGGAUUUGUCUGGCGGGAUGGAACUGUCUUCCCGAUUCACCUCGUUACCGACGUGGACUUGAUCCUACCACUUGACGUCAACGCCGACACUCAAAUCAUUCGCGGCACUCGCAUCGCGACGCUCGUGUUCAUGCUCAACUCCAAGGCGCACGCAUGGCAGAACCGUGACAGUGAUCGCGAGGCGAAGCGGGAGAGGGACGCCAGAGACAUCGUAUUUUGUCUCAAGCUGCUCCGGGCUCAGCAAGGGGAGCCUGUUGACCCCAAGCGGCUCAACUGGGUCUAUAACAAGAACUUUUGGAACCCGUUCCUCGCGGCGUUCCCUGACACCACGGUCAUGUUCCGGGACGCUGGGCUGAGUUACGAUGGCUGACUUACACGCACGCGUCUGGGUGCCUGCGGUUGACUACCCUGCGCCGCACGCUUUUGGAUGCGGUCCACAGUCGUGGUCGCAUGGGCGGACACUCUGCGUGCGUGGCAGAAUAUAAGGACAUUGUUGAUCGAUGUUAAAGAGCGUGGGAUAGAUUUAGGAGGAAUGGGGCUUUUUGGAUCAUGCUGUUUCGCGGCUUCGCUUUGCGUUGCGGUGUUGGGGCGCCAUAGUACAGAAUAUGCCUUACUUCAAGUUGGUUACCG